UUCUUUCUUUCUUUCUUUCUUUUCUACUCCUGAGCUCAUUCUUCAUUAUUUCCUGCUGAGAGAUUGGCUGACUGGACUACUAUCUCCAGUCUCUGAUCUCAGCAGAGGCUGUAUUCUGCACUCUUGGUUUCAAUUUCUAUACCAUGACCUGAACACUCGUCAUCGUUCCGUCCACGGUUUAUCAUUGUCCCUCGAACGAUGAUCGGUGCUACCAAGCGCUGGUUCCGGCGCAAUCGCAAGGGCCUUGCUGUCGGCUUCGGUGUCAUCGGAGCUGGCUAUCUGGCCGGACAGUAUGUGCUGUCCAAGAUUGCAGAGGCGCGAGAGCGCAUGAGCAGCGAUCGAAUCGCCAAGGAGAAUCUUCGACGACGAUUCGAACAGAAUCAAACAGACUGUACUUUUACAGUGCUGGCUCUGCUUCCUACGGCGACGGAGAAUAUCCUCGAAGCGCUGCCCGUCGAGGAGCUCACGCAGGAGUUGCAGCGGAAGCGGGCGGAGAGACUGUCCCGUAUGAGUGGGGAUGCAACAGGGUCGGAAUUCAGUUCAGCACCGCCCAGCACUACGGAAGAUGAUGGUCGGAGCUUGUCGAGCUUUCAGAGCGAGAGCUUUCUCCAUACCAGUCAGAUAGACCCGGAUGGACAGCGGCCGAAGCGGAGUAAGACGCAGCUCUGGAAUGAGGUCAAGAUUAGCUCAUUGACACGUGCUUUUACGCUCAUCUACACCUUGUCUCUACUUACCCUUCUCACUCGCAUCCAGCUCAACCUUCUCGGUCGUCGGAACUACCUCUCCAGCGUGGUCUCACUAGCGACGCCACCUGCGAAUGCGGAGACCAUCAGUCUGGAAGACCAUGACGACGGGGUUGGACAGAUGUUUGGCAAUGAUUACGAGACCAACCGGCGGUAUCUCACCUUCAGUUGGUGGCUGCUCCAUCGGGGAUGGAAGGACCUGAUGGAAAAGGUCCAGGCGGCUGUCAAGGAGACCUUCGGCCCGGUGAACCCGAGGGAGGAUAUCACCAUAGGCAAAUUGUCCGAAUUGACGCUCCAGGUUCGGAAGAAGAUCGAAGGGGCCACGGAAGAAGAGAGAAGGUCCAAGAACUGGUUGCCAUACCUGCUGCCGCCUCGGGAGGAGGAAGAUACUGUCCUUCAGGAAUCCGGGGUCAUCACCUCGGCUCCUUCGUCUCCUCAGACGACCGCCACACUGCGACAUCUCCUGGAUGAGACCUCCGAUCUGAUCGAAUCGCCUUCUUUCACGCACAUCCUGACAUUGCUGAACAACGAGGGCUUCUCGACUCUGGUUGACCAGAACUGUGCCUCCCAGGCUUUCAAGGCCUCUCCUUCCACCCCCGGCUCCCCGAAGCCUGCUGUACAGAACUUUUCCUCUAGUGUCACCAUUAUCCCGGCAUCGAGCCCAUCAGCGCCGAAAGUGAAGCUGGCCACUGUACUUGCAGUGAUGACGCGACAGGCGCAUGUUAUUGGAAACGGAACUCACCCGCCCAAUGAGUACCUGGUGGCCAUGGAGCAGGGCGUCCGCGAGCUCGAAGCCUUUGCGGCAGUCGUGUAUAGUUCGAACUUUGAUCUUCAGAUGCCCGAAUCGGGGCCGACCUCGUCUUCUGCUCCGCUCGGCGUCCAGAACGAAGACAGAAGGGCCAGUGAGCUUGGCGUUUCGAGUCUCGUUGACCUGAGCCAGGUUGUCGCAUCAGAAGCUGCCUCAAGGUCCGAGCAGGAAACCCAGGGCCCGUCAUCCGCGAUGCCUAGCGGAACGGUCGUAGACCCGGCAUUCGAGAAGGUGUGGGGGAAGGCCGUGGAAGAAACCCCGAGCACGGCGGCUCAUGAACCGGCCGUUGCUCCGUAGACAUGAUCAUACGAUAUCUAUGCGCGUCGAUUUAUCUCCCAUCUCUCAGACAUGUUUAUUAUUAUGUAUCUGCCUUUUCCAGGCUUCACGGUUGUGUUAUAUUACUGUCAUUGCAUGUGUAAGGUCGUAUCAGACAUGAGGGCGAAUGGAGUGCGCCUCAAAACUCCAUACCCUAGAGAAGGCGACUUAUUAACAUUAAACGAUGCGGAACUGGUGAAAUACGAGUAGAACCACGAAAUCAUACAUAUACACUCACAGUGAGACAUGAGAUAAACAA